AUGCCCCAAGAAAUCGAUCCGCUCGAUGCAUUUAUGAGCUCAUUACAGCCACAAAUCGAUAAAGACCUUGCACAUUCGCUUUCUGGAUUUUCAUCCCAAAAUAUAAAGCCUACCAUCCAGCCUGUUAUUGACGACUCUAGUAGCGACGAUGAAUCUGCCUUUGAGGUUGAACAGGCCAAGGCAAUCAAGGCCAUUGGGACGGAUCCCCUGCUCUCUGCAACUCCAGAGCAAAUCAUGGCGUUGGACAUCUUACGAGGAUUUCUAAACUUUGACAAACCGACUCCAAUUCAAUCUCAAGCAAUCCCGGCUUUGAUGUCUGGGCGAGACGUGAUUGGAAUAGCCAGAACCGGUAGCGGAAAAACAAUUGCAUACCUUCUUCCUUUAUUUAGACAUGUCCGCGACCAGCGACCAGUGUCUUCCUCGGAGGGCCCAAUUGCCCUUGUUUUGACGCCCACCCGUGAAUUGGCCGUCCAAGUAGGUGGGGAAACCAAAAAGCUGGCACAUGCUUUUGGUGUCAAGGUUGUUUGUGCGUAUGGCGGUUCAUCGAUUAAGGACCAAAUUGGAGAGCUGAAAAGGGGUGCUGAAAUUCUGAUCAGCACUCCAGGGCGGCUCAUUGAUCUUCUUACGGCAAAUGCUGGCCGUGUAUUAAACCUACGAAGGGUCACUUUUGUGAUUAUUGAUGAGGCCGAUAGGAUGUUUGAUAUGGGGUUUGAGCCACAGAUUACAAAAAUCAUGGAGCUUAUUCGUCCUGACAAGCAGAUGGAACAAUUGGCCAAAAAAAUAUCCACUCGUCCCAUCGAAAUAAUGGUUGGCGGUCGAAGCACUGUAAAUACAGACAUCAUACAAGAUGUCCGAAUCGUUCCGGAAGAGAAAAAGUUUUUCCUGCUGCUAGAGAUUCUGGGAAAGUGGGCCGAAGAAAAUACCAACAGCGACUAUUCCACCAGAUGCCUUAUUUUUGUUGACCGGCAAGAUGACGCUGACCUCUUGUUUAAAGAUUUGCUAAGAAAAGGCCACAUUUGUAUAGCCAUCCAUGGCGGGAAAGACCAGUCUGAUAGGGAUUCUGCUUUUGUUGAUUUCAAGAAUGGCACAAUUCCAAUUCUGAUCGCUACAAGCGUUGCCUCCAGAGGUCUGGAUGUUCGCGAGUUAAAUCUUGUCAUCAACUAUGAUUGUCCCAACCACAUGGAAGAUUAUGUUCAUCGAGUUGGACGAACCGGGCGCGCAGGAAACAAAGGAACAGCGAUCACCUUUAUAUCCCCGGACCAAGAAAGAUUUGCCGUAGAUAUUUCUCGUGCCCUAAGCAUGUCAAAUGCGCCUGUUCCGCCAGCUUUGGCGCAAAUGGCAAGCAGUAAGCAUUGGGGUGCCCUUUUCUUUUUUAGGUCAUUUGGAGAAGAUCUUUCGGACGAUGAAGACCACCUAUCUUUGUCGAAGAAGGAUGCCUCUUCCUCGCCAGAGAUCGAUGAUGGCCAGGAGCCUAAAAAGAGGCCAAAACUGGCCACCAUUGGUGCUGCCGAUGGAUCGGCAAUUUCGGGCCCAUCGAAAAUGUCAUUGGAGGAUUCCAAGCAGCUUGUGGAAGACAUUGCCAGCAAGAUCAAUUCUCGAGUCAAGGCCUCGGAAUCAUCGCAGGCUUCUCUUAAUCAGCUGAAGUUGGGGCAGGAAAGAUUCACCCAACUUACCUCGGCCUCGUCUGGGGAUGUUGUACAAGUGUUUGAGGGCGACAAAGUGCGACACUUCAAAUGCGAGAUCGAUAUCAAUGACUAUCCACAAUAUGCGAGAUGGAAAGUUACCUCUAAAGACGUGAUGCUUGCAAUUCAAGAGACCUGCUAUUGCUCCAUGGUUGUCAGAGGAACGCAUAUUCCACAGAACAAGACAAACCCGUCUGGCGAGAGGCGCCUUCAUAUUGUCAUUGAGGGCGAUAAUGAACUCUCCAUAUUGCGGGCAAGAAAAGAUCUGCUGGAAAUCAUCAUUGAAGCUACAUCGGAGGCUCUGCUGAAGGGCGCAGGAUCGGAGCCCGGCAAAUAUUCCAUCUUAUAA